AUGACUACCGUUUUAGAGCCUGUCCAGGUGAAAUACUGCGGUGUUUGCACGUUCCCCGUGGAGUUCUGCGAGUUCGGAAAACGUUUCAAGAAAUGUAAGACCUGGCUCGAGUCCGACGACCCAGAACUGUACAAAACUCUCUAUGCCGAUAGCGCACUGAACUCGUCGCUGUCGUCCGAAAAGGAGGCCAAGAUCUCCGAAUCCCUUGCCAAGAUGCAGCUCAAAGAGGAGCGCAAAGAGGAGCGCGAGCUGCAGUCGCUCAAGAGCUCCAAGGUGCUCGUCAAGCGGAUCCAGCGCACCAAACAUAAACACGUUAUUGCCGUUGCUGGACUCGAGGUGUUCGACGUGGACAUGAAGAAAAUGGCCAAGACGUUCGCCUCCAAGUUCGCUACGGGCGCCUCUGUGUCCAAGAACGCCGAAAAAAAGGACGAGGUCGUUAUCCAGGGAGACGUUGGGGACGAGGUCGAGGCGUAUCUUGUGGGUCUUUUGAAAGAGAAAGGACUUGAGGAAGUCAAGGUCGAGCAGGUCAGCGAGAGAAGAAGAUAA